GAGCUGUCCCAAACUGACGGAUGCUGUCGCUGCUGGUGCAGCCGCGUGAACCGGUGAUGCUGCUGCGCUCGAGCCGCUGAUCUCGCUCUCGCUCGCUCGCUCUCUUUUCUUCUCUCUCUCUCUCUCUCUCUCUCUCUCUCUCUCUCCAUCCUUUCCCUCCUCGCUCCUCUCCUCCACACGCGCAAAACGCUCUGUCAUGGCGUCUUCCAACCAUGUUACCCCUACCAACUGUAGCUGGUGGCCCAUCUCAGCCAUGGAUGAAGACGGCAAAAUCGCAGACGGGGAGGAGUGCGAAGAACCGGCGGCAGAGCCCAAACCCUUCAAUAAAGACAGGCUCGUUUUGUACCACUGGACGCAGUCUUUCACCUCCCAAAAGGUACGCCUUGUCAUUAAUGAGAAGGGUCUGGUCUGCGAGGAGAGGGAUGUGAGCUUGCCACUGCAGGAGCACAAGGAGCCGUGGUUCAUGAGGCUGAACCUGGGCGAGGAGGUGCCCGUCUUCCUCCAUGGAGACACCAUCAUUAGUGACUACAACCAGAUUAUAGAUUACCUGGAGAAAACCUUCGUGGGAGACACGGUGGCUCAGCUGAUUCCUGAUGCAGACUCGCCUCUCUAUGAUCGCGUGCAGCAGUACCGUCAGCUACUGGAUGGUCUGCCCAUGGACGCUUACACACACGGCUGCAUCCUCCAUCCAGAGCUCACGGCUGACUCUAUGAUCCCAAAGUACGCCACCGCAGAAAUACGUAGACAUUUGGCCAAUGCUGCAACAGAGCUGAUGAAGCUGGACCAUGAAGAGCCUCAGCUGACAGAACCUUAUCUGUCCAAGCAGAAGAAGCUAAUGGCAAAAAUCUUGGACCACGACAAUGUGAACUACCUGAAGAAAAUUCUGGGGGAGUUAGCCAUGGUCUUAGAUCAAGUGGAAGCUGAACUGGAGAAAAGGAAACUAGAGUAUCAAGGUCAAAAGUGUGAGUUGUGGCUUUGUGGACCUGAAUUUACACUAGCUGACAUCUGCCUUGGAGCCUUGUUGCACAGGCUCAAGUUCUUGGGACUUUCUAAGAAAUACUGGGAGGACGGCAGCCGACCCAAUCUGCAGUCGUUUUUUGUGCGCGUGCAAAAACGCUACGCUUUUCGCAAGGUCUUGGGUGACAUCCACACGACCCUCCUGUCGGCGGUCCUACCCAACGCCUUCCGGAUGGUAAAAAAGAAGCCGCCGUCCUUCUUCGGGGCCUCUUUUCUCAUGGGCUCACUGGGCGGGAUGGGCUACUUUGCCUACUGGUAUUUAAAAAAGAAAUACAUGUAGUGAAUGCCCUCUUGUUGUGUUAAAUGUCUGUGUAUUUGUGUGAUGUUUCAACUUUUCUGUAAUGUUUUAUGACUGCAGGAAAACAUAAUGAAUCUAUAUAAAGAACACUAUUACUUACCUGGGUAAACAAAGAAAUAUUAAAACAUUCCAUAAUAAGAAAUUCUUGACAGCACAUUUUCUGGUAAUCAAGGCCUUCAUAAAGUUUCAUUUCUGGACGCUUGCAGCUCUUGUGCAUGCAAGCCCUCAUUUAACUUUAGUUGAAGGCAUGCAUCCGGUCCACCUACACUCCAAUUUUAAAGUAAAAAAAACCCAGAUUAAACUUUAAACACAACAACAACAACAACAACAACAACAGGGGUUUUACCUUCGCAUGCCACUAAUAUAGUCAUCAUUCAUACCUGCUCCUCACUCCUCCAUCUACCUGAGGUAUAACCAGUAAAACCACAGGGACGUGUACAUGACAAAUACUUUCUGAAAAGUGCUGUGCUGCCAGAAACUGCCACAUGAAACGAUGAAAGGAUGGAGGCAAACUUUGAAGGUAUGCUUUGACGUUUUGGGAAAUGUGCUUAUUGGCUUUCUUGCUGAGGCACGGAUGAGAAGAUCAAUACCACUCUUGUGUGCAGAUGUUAAAUAUGAAGCUGUAGGCCAGAAGAUGAUUAGCUUAGUUUAAAGACUGAAAACAAGGGAAACAGUUGUACUGUUCCCCCAAAAAAUGUGAAUACCAGCAUUUCUGAAUCUCACAAUAAUUUUUUUUUAUAGUAUAAAUAAUUUAUGUCUAUACUAUAUUUUAACUAACACCGCUAAAGCUCACCAGCUCACCAAAUGCUGUUUAAAAUAGGAAUCUAGAGGUAGCAGCCAAUCAGCCACACCCUUAGUCAUUGCAAAUGAUAAAUAUCACACCAAUGUAAAGCAUAUAAAUAUAACCAGUGUGAUUGCACAGCAAAAAGUGGCCUUUUUAUUUGCUGUUUGUGUGAAACGUGAGCAAACUGUUAAAACCUUUGUACAAAAACUAAGUACGAAAUAAUAAUUCCAGUUGGUUUGCCCCUUUCAUAAAAUAAGUGUUUAUAGCUGCUGCAAAUGUUGCUCCAUAGGGAAAUGUCAGCCAUCAUAGGGAGUGCACAGGCAUGAUAUUGUUUAAAUAUUAAUAGUACACGCUCUCCUGGAAGACAUUUAUAGCAUUUGGAUUCAGUUAUACAAUAUACAGAGCGGCAUCGCUGUGUCACUCUGUGAAAUGGGUGUGAAUGUUGGAGCGUCGCUUGUAAAUUUACAGAAACGGUACAGCUUAGCAUCCCUUAAGCUCACAAAGAAAGGUGUGUGUGCGUGUGUGUUAAUAUAUUUUCUGAAGCUCUGUAUCAGUUGUUUUUAAAAGACGCCCUGGCUUUUAUCUGUGAUGGAUGUAUAUACACACACACACGAAAGACUGCUACUUAGCACUGUGAGUCGUGCAGUGGUAACACACGAGUGUGAUGAACAGGAUUAACCUGUUCAGUGAAGUCACACCUGCAUGCAUAUGAAGCCCGUCACCACGAAACUUCAAUCAAGUCAAAGUUUAUUACCAGUAGAAAGAAAUUUGACUUUACUUUUGGACAUAAACAGAACUUUCAUAUAUAGAAUGUGAUUUUCAUAUAAACAGCAUGAAACAGAAGCCAAAGCCAGUCAAUGCCUUUGUGUCAAUAAAAUAUCAAAAACAUUAUCAUACUUUACUGUUAACAUACUGUUGGCCGGGUCUAAUCAAAUUAACACACUCUGUUUAUGAUAAUUCAGUCAAACUGUCACACUCCACAUGUAAUUUGAUUAAACACAAACACAUUAGCUGGAUUAUCCAUUUAUAUUAGAGUCUACUGAGCACAGUAGAAUCUAAUAAAUUAAAACAGCCGGAUAAUUUGGAUAAUAACGUGAGGCCCAUUUUAAUUGACAUUGUGUUUAAUUGGUGCAAAUAACAUCACAAAGAACCUCAUUUCACACAGAUGUUUCCAGUCUUCAUGCUGAGCCAAGCAGCUGUAGCUUCGUGAUGAUACACGCAAUGAAAGCAGUAACCAUCUUCUCAUCUAACCCUCGGAAAUAAAGUGGAAAAAACUUCCCAAAAUAUAAAAGUGCUCCUUUAACUAAUUGUGUACCGAAAGCAUAAUAACACAGAGACAUGCACACGUGUGUCCGGAGUUGGUUUAUUUAGAGCACCACGGAUCACACAGCACACAGUGAUCCACUGUCUUUGUCGCUGAGCAGAGAAAAAUUUGGGUGUUUGAAAAGUUACACUUGGCUGCACUGAUAGUAAAAUUAUAAAUUCUGCAUCUGUGGCACAAUAGUUCAGACUUGGGCUGAGGAUGUACAUUUCAUUGCAUGGGUACUUUAGUAUUGCGCACACCGAAGGUUUUUUUUGUUCUUUUUGUGGCCCAGAGGCAGAUUUUAUGAAGGAAUUAAACCACACAUUUCUAAGUAUUGAGUUGCUAAGUGUAACCUUUGAAACACCUGCACUGUACCGCACAUGGGAGACGGUCCCUCAGCAAUACUGAGCAAGGAAAAAAAAAAAAUCACUGGAAUUCACUGCUGUUUGUCUGUCUCUGCUGACUUCCUUCUGACAGAUGCAAGAUUGUUUUUAACAGAUAGAUAUUUUUAAUUACACACUGUCGCAUUUAUUUUACCAUGCUGAAUUUCUAAUGAGCUUAAAGGUUAAAACAAUUCGAACGAGGGAAGGAAAAAGCUGACUCAUCUCGAGGCUUAAGGAGUAUGACGCCGAGAAAGAGAGAGCCUUUCCCCUCUCAGCUAGCCUUCCCAGCUGUCUUGUUUGUUAAUGCGUUUUUAUUCUGUUAACCCUUAACAGGAGCCACUUUAUGUUUCUUUGCCAGAUCUCCAUGCUUUUAAAAAUGUUAUUAUGUGCGCUCUUUGGGUUUAACUCAUCAUUGUGAGGUGCUGGCUGGAGUUGUAAGCUGCUUUUGCUUUUUUCUUGGCUGGUUAUGCCGACAUUCUUGCAGUAAGAACUCACAGUGCAGCGGCUUUUUCCUGUCAUUGUAACUCCGCAGCUCAAGACAUGAAUAAAUAAGAGAGGUCACAGAGUUUGCCAGGAUGCACCCUGUUUUCCACCGUUGCAGAAACUCAUCGCUGCAGGUGGUGAUUAGCAGCAGAAAAGGCUGAACCAAAGACGCCGAUCAAAACUCCUUUAAUAGAAGCUACUUGCUGUUUCAUCUCUAAUUUGAUUUUCAUUAAGAAAAGAGAAGUGUACUCAGUUUAAUUUUUUGAUAUUGGAGAGCGCAGGGCAGCCAGUGAGAUCAAUAAAUCCUUCUUGUCUGGAAAGAAGACAUUUGAGGUCGACAUUAAAGCAAACAGAGGGGUUACUUGGUUUCAGGAGGUUCUUGCCUGAGCUGCAUAUCCAGUUACAAAUAAAUCAAAUAAUUAACUGUGUGCCAAAAUUUCUCAUUUCUGUUGAGUUUUUGAUGCUCAAACAUUUCAUUGGCACUGUGGGGGCAAACGCCAAGAACCGUCAUAACCAGCCGAUCACUGUAACGCUUGGUACCUUUUGAUUAUUGCAAGCACAGCUGUUACGAUUCCACUGCUUCCUCGGACUGAAAUCACACUACCUGAGGGGUCGGAUCCGCGUUUCUCGGAUCUCACAAAGCGUUCAAGUUAAAAAUCCUAGUUGUGAUUUGUGGCCAUUAUAUUUCACUAUAGUAUUUUUUUAUUUUUUACUUUUUAUUUUUUAUAUUUCUAUAUAUAUUAUAUAUGCAUUUAUUUAUGGUGCUUUUUAUGAUGUUUGUUCAUAAGCCUUA